AUGCAAUUUUAUGUUACGGAACCGCGCGAACAUCAGCCCGAAACCCAACAAAAAGAAGACUCUCCCCAUGCCCUUUUCUCCAAAUACAGCCCGGAGGAUGGUGAAAAAAUCCUUAAAAGCCUUAACAAUUACAAUCUAAAGGAGCUUCUGAGUUACGACAUUACCAAAGGCAGGGCCAAUAAGCUAUUGGCAUGGCGUAUGCGUAAUGGUUUACUCUCCAAUUUAUCCGAUAUAUUUUUGGUAGAAGGUUUUGGUCCCAAGGUGGCCGAUAAAUUCUAUCAAAGUCUGUUGCAAGACCCCACUACCACUGAAGAUGCUGGGGAAUUGGGUAAAACAAAUCGUGCGAGGACAGCACCAUUUAUCACGCCCACCAUAACACCGGAACAACAAAUGCAAAUCAAAUCAUGUGUUUCGGUUCGGGUGGGUGUCAAUAGUGUGACCUGGUCUCGAUUACAGUUGCCCCCAGCGGAUAGUAAUGAACCAUGUCAAUUGACCCAUUGGCAUCAUCAUGAGAUCUCAGAGAAAAAAUUACAUUUACACGAACUAAUACAGCGAUGCUUGUAUGUGAAUCAUAUGAUUCCAGAUGCCGAUUGUUAUCUCUUUGAAAAUCCCCAAAUGGCUCAGGCCAGCAACAAUCCCGGCAGUGUGGAACAGCAGAAUAUAAAUAUACAAAAGGCUCAGGUGACAGCCGUGAUGGGGUAUGCCUUGGCUUCACGACACAAUGCACACCAGGAGACUAAUACCAACAAUGAAGAGGAGGGGGAGGUGGAGUCCAAUACCUCUCCCAAAUCUGCCCUACUUUUCUAUGUUCGACGUUUCUUGACAGCCCGCCUCUUUAACCACUUGGUCGGCACGGAACGCAUUUCAUCCGAGGACACCAUCAUAAAUAUGAUGCGUACCUAUUAUAAUAUCAACGAUCUAGUCAUUGAUGAGGAGGCGGAAUUAAAGCCCCAGGUUGCAGCAGCACAUGCAGCUACGGGGUCUGCAGAUGAAACAUCAAAUAAUAAUACCUCCAUAAGGGGCAAUGUCCAAUUUCCCAUGGAACUGAGGCAUAUGUUUUCCAAAUCAUUACGUUAUCAUCGGGAAUUUCUGGGUCAGGCCUUACUUUUAAAUCUGGCCUUUGUACGAUUGGUUUUACUACAAGAUCCCGAAAGUAUAGCUAAGGUUUCGAGGGGUAAUAAAACGAAAAAUGUUGUCUCCAUAUAA